AGAGGAGAUUUGUUUUGGUUGUGUUAUCGCUCGCAGUUUAAGCUCAAGCACCGUCACAUACUUUCGCCCAAUAGGCUGAUUGAACUUGAACGUAUUGUAUUGAACGUACAGUAUCUGAUCUGCCUGCUGGCUAUAGAUUGUGCUGUGCUGUGCCAGAAAGUUUUGGGUGUAUUGUGUGGGUGAAAUGGUUUCAAUGCCGCCUUGAAAGUGGUAAGAUUUCAGCUCAACUCAGUCGCAUCCAUCCAGGCAGCAGCGCAGGAUGAUUGAAUAUACCGAGCGAUAUUUUCGUGGGCUUGACCUGUGGUCACUGUCGGUAGAUCAGGCUUUCGUCAAUGCCAGCAUCGAAGGAUUAAAGAAUUACUAUUUGUAUUCACUGUCCGAGGAAUGUGAAAAGUGUCCCUAUACUAGGCUACAUGAAAUUAAAAGUGAAACGGACAGUGGUAACAUACUCAAACUAGACGUAUCAAGAAGGCUGAAUUUCAAAGUUUUUGAGCGCAAUCUCGGAAAAUAUGCAUUUGAUAAUGAAUCUUUUGUAUGUCAAUUAAGCGGAGAUUUGGGAGAAUUUGGUGUGUAUGAUUUGCGUGUCGAAGAUGGAAGCACAACAUCUUGUACGAUUGAAACUGCUAAAGAACCCGUCAACAUUUAUCUGUCUUUUGUCACGAUUGCACUGAUCGGCCUUUGCUUUCUGUUGUUAAUCGUAUGCGGCAGAAAACUAUUCCAACGGUUUCGCCAAACCGCCGUCGAUACCGAACUGGAUCCAGCCAGUCCGACGGAGAGCACCAAAACGCUCACGAAUCCAGCCAAACCGCGUCUUCGCAGUUUGGAUACCUUUCGCGGGAUCGCAAUCAUGCUGAUGAUCUUCGUCAACAGUGGCGGUGGCCAUUACUGGUGGAUCGAACAUGCCACCUGGAACGGGUUGCACGUAGCAGAUUUGGUUUUUCCCUGGUUUCUGUUCAUAAUGGGCGUGUGCAUUCCGAUCUCGCUACGCUCGCAACUCAAUCGGAACGUCCCUAAGACUGCAAUUCUCAAAAAUAUUACCAUUAGAUCGAUUAAAUUGUUCCUUAUUGGAUUGUGUCUUAACUCCAUGAACGGACCCACAUUCUCAGAACUGCGUAUCUUUGGAGUUCUGCAAAGAUUUGGCAUAGCGUACUUUGCUGUAUCAGCUAUUCAUCUAUAUUGUUAUCAGGAAAACGCGCAGUUUGAACAUCCCUUGGUGAAACGCAACAUCGACAUUGCUCGACUUUGGAAGCAUUAUCUUGUUAUCGGAUCACUUAUACUGGUCUAUCUGUUGAUAGUUUUCUUAGUACCAGCACCAGGUUGUCCGAGUGGUUACUUCGGACCAGGAGGAAAACACCUAAUGGUUGCCUAUCAGAACUGUACAGGUGGCAUUACUGGCUACAUAGAUAGAGCGAUUCUCGGUGAUAGUCACUUGUACCAACAUCCAACGGCUCGUUACAUGUACGACGCUCUAUCAUUCGAUCCAGAAGGACCGUUUGGAUGUUUGCCAACAAUUAUCCAAGUUUUCCUCGGACUGCAGUGCGGAGUUCUCAUCCUUACGCAUACGGAACCGUUGCCGCGAAUACGGAGAUUGAUUGUGUGGGCCACGGUACUAGGCUUACUCGGUGGGAUCCUGUGCGGAUUCAGCAAAAAUGACGGAUGGAUUCCGGUUAAUAAAAAUCUCUGGUCACUGUCGUACGUUUUAGCAACGGCGUCGUUGGCUUUCCUCUUGCUCUUAAUCUGCUACGUUCUCGUCGAUGUGAAAGGAUUCUGGAAUGGAGCUCCUUUCUUGGUUGCCGGAAUGAACGCCAUCAUUUUGUAUGUUGGACACACCAUUUUCCACAAGAUGCUGCCUUGGCACUGGAGGAUUGGUAGAAUGAAUACUCACUUUAUGCUAACACUGGAAUCCCUCUGGAAUGCUGCACUGUGGAACGUCAUUGCGUUCGUACUUUAUAGGAAAAAAAUAUUCUACAGUUUGUAACCAUUGUACCAGAGUCGAGAAUAUAUACAAACUUUAUCUUAAUUACAGUAUUUGUGGUGUUUCACAAGUCCUUAAAAACUCCGUUCAAAGUGUAUCAUGUAUAUAAUUUA